AUGCAAUAUUUGAAAUUGAUGAAGAUGAAAAUAAAUAAAAUUUAAGAAAAUGGAAGUAAAAAACAUAGGAUCUCCCAAUAGGAAAGGCAGAAUUUAGAAAUGGGUAUGCUAGAAUUUCUCUAUAUAAUAAUAUAUAAUAUAAAGAGUUUUAUUUAUUUUAGUAAAAAUGAAACUUUGACAAAGUAAGGAUCUACAAAAUAAACAAUAAUUUAAAAAAAUAAUUAAAAAGAAUAUUUAUCUAAGAUUUUUUCAUACUGUCAUAUAAUGUUUAGAUUCAAUAAGCGAUCCAGUAGAUCCAUAUUGAGUAAAACAUGUCAAUAAAGAAUAGUUUGUAUCAUAAAAAAAAGUCUAGAGAAUUAUAUAUUGUUUGAUUUUGAAAAUUAUUGUAUAAGACAAAUAGAUUUAUUAAGAAAAAUAAAAAAAUCAGAGCUAGAUUUGUGGAUAAAGGAAACUUAGUUAUUAAAGUUAGUUGUUUUAAAGUAAUAAACUGAUUUAGCUAACCGUAUAAAAUGGGAAUUGAUGUUUUAGAUAAUAAUUUAGUUAAUCAUUUUAUGA